GUUGGACAGCAAAGAAAUGAGUUUUAUUAAUUGAAAUGAAAGAGGGAGGGUACACGUUAGCUCUUGCAUUGGGGAGUUGGACAGCAAAGAAAUGAGUUUUAUUAAUUGAAAUGAAAGAGGGAGGGUACACGUCAACUCUUGCAUUGGGGAGUUGGACAGCAAACGAAUGGGUGUUUUUCCUUCACAUCUCUCCGGACAAUUGAAUCAAGUGUCAUCCGGGAGCCGCCUCGCAUUCGUUCUGACUCAGUGGUUCCACCUGUGUCGCUCGCACCGUCCGGGCUGACAUAUGCCGACUCGUUCCUUCUAAUAAUACCUUACCUGGCCGCCUCCCAAACACCGGAUCACGUGCGUUUGUCUGUUUAUUGUGCUGAGUAUUGUGUGUGUGUGUGUGUGUGUGUGUGUUACGUUCAUCGGCCAUCACCUGUCGGGCUGUUUUCUUUUCCAUUUCUUUGGGUUUCUUCGUUCAGUUGCGUUCUCUAGAGGGUUGGGGAGAUAGCCAAUCCAGCGGUCUCCAUUUUACGGUUUCUAGUGUGUCUGUUCUCGUGUUGUUGUUAUUUUGAUUGUUGUUGUUUGACGUUUCUCUUUUUUCUUUCCUUCUACAACUCGUACGUUAUGUGUUUCACCUCCUCGUUGUUUAUGUGUUCUGCAAAAAAGUGUCUCUGAUCUCAAUUAAACGAACCCUGAGCCGCGUCUUUACCAUCCGUCUCAAGGGAUCGAACCCCCGCCCUUAGACACACCACUGCGCCAACACAACCACGUAACCAAACCCUUGACGUGGCAGUUUCUGGACUCUGAACUUUUGGAACAUGAAUUCAGCCUCGUCAGCACUCGUCCAGCGCCGCCUCAGCACGUCACCCACGCUGUUAACUUUAGCACGCCUUGUCCGUUAGCCUUCCCCAGCACCCCACGUGUUUCUAACCCCAAAACGACCCCCUUACAGGACUAAAACCCUUGAGAAAACCUCUUUGGGUGACACCAUGAACUAAGACAGAAAAUAUGACGCCUUGAACUAAGACCAGAGUGAAACCAUGAACCUUAGCCCUUGGACGACCUCCUGAACCAUGGUAUAAGGCCCUUGAGAGCACGCCACCGACCCUUGGACAGAGAACAAGGUAUUGAACUCCAUCCUUGAAGCCCUAACGACCCCUCAAGGAUGACCUAAGCCACUGAGGAAAGCCCUGCGCCCCGCCUUCAGAGCCAAGUGACCCCGGGGCUUCACCAUGGGCGUGAGUGAGUGUGACCUGACCCCCUCGGCGGCGCUGCUGUGGCCCUGACCCGCCAUGGAGGUAGCCGUCGCCCCCGCCGCCCCCGCCGCCCAACUCCCCCGCUCCAAGUCCUUCCCAGGCGAGAACAGCCGGGAAUGGGAGGCCGGAGAGGAGGUGGACUCGGGGGUAUCUCGCUCCCAGGGGUCCGGGGGCGCCAGGGACUCCGGGGUGGUGGUCGUGGCUUCUGAUCAACAUUCCUUCGCCUCGGAUGCCCGCUCGUCCCUCCUCGGUGAGCUGCCCUCCGGCGUGGCCAUCUCGGAGCUGCCCUCGGAGUGCGGCGGUGAGAAACAGGCUAACGCGGAUGACCCCAACAAGAAGGAGACCAUCGGGCGCCACUACUACCCCGAGGGAGGCUGGGGCUGGGUGGUGCUGCUGAUGGCGCUGCUUGUGCACGUCGCCUCCCACGGGCUGCACCAGGCGGCCGGGGUGCUGCUCAUCCACACCCUCAAGGCUUUUCCAGAGUCAUCCCUCAUUGGCGCAAGCUGGCUCGGCGGGCUCUCCACCUCCAUCGCCCUCCUCAUCUCCCCCGUCACUAUCGGCGUGUGUCGGCGAAACUCGACGCGACUGACGGCGGUGCUCGGCGGCCUGGUGACGGCGCUGGGCUGUCUCUUCACGUCCUUUGCUAGUCAGUUCCACCAACUCUUCUUCAGCUACGGCACCGUCAUAGGCAUCGGAGUGGGCAUGACGCGGGACUCCUCGACGCUGAUGGUUGGCCAGUACUUCAAGCGGCGCCGGGAGUUCGUGGAGAUUAUCGUCGUGAGCGGCAGCGGCCUCGGGAUCUCCGUCAUGAGCCUCUUCAUCCGCGGCGCCAUCGGGUCCAUAGGCUGGCGGUUGGGUCUUCAGGCAGUAACGGGCGUUGUGUUCCUGACGUUCCUGAUGGGCACCUUCUACCGCUCCGCCUCCCUGUACCACCCUCAGCGCCGCGCCAUCCUUCACCUCAAGAACCAGAAGAGGAAGAUCAAGGAGAAGAACAGGCAGGAAGAUAAGCCUCCGUUCUUUGAUGUCACGACCCUCAAGAGCAAGACCGUCCAGAUUCUCCUUCUCUCCAUCGGGUUGUCCUCCUUCGGCAUCACCUCCCCCAUUAUUUACCUGGCCCACCAGGCGGAGGAGCAGGGGUUGGGUGACUCCUCCGUGCUGCUUCUCCAGACGUACCUCGGGCUGGGCUGGGUCAUCGGGGUGUGCGCCUUCGGGUUCGUGGUUCUGCAGAAGAGUACCGAGUGCCGCGUGGGCCGCCAAUACCUCUGCCAGGCGUCCAUGUUCCUGUGUGGCGUGUGUACCCUCGCCUUCACCGCCGUGGAAGGCUACCACGGCUACGUUCUCUUUGCGUGGCUCUACGGGAUCUUCUGCGGCGGGUUCCACUACUCCCUCAAGAUGUACACCUACGAGAAGGUCCGCGCCAGGAACUUCGCGAGGACCUGGGGCUUCGUGCAGUGCUCCCAGGCCAUCCCCACCGCUAUAGGCGUGCCCAUCACCGGCUACAUCAACAUCGGCUACGGGGACAAGGCGGGGUACUACUUCUCCUCCACCUUCGUCAUCUUCGGCUCCAUGACUAUCUUCCUCAUCGACAUCCACAGACGGAACGCCGCUAAGCACAAACACACGCAUAAGAGCGGCGAAAACCACACGUGCGCGAAGGAGACCUGCCCGGAGAGCCGCCGUCGGGACUCCCUGGCGCAGUUGACGCAGCAGCAAGCAGCGCGCACCCAUGGCCCUAACCUCGCCUUCCUGCACCAGCGAUCCUACAACUUCGAAGUGCCGGAGCAGCGCAACAAACCCGAGCUUACGUGCAUAUCCGAAGAAGGGAUCGCGGACAUGGACCUCCCGGAUCACCUGCUGGAGGAUCUUGAUUACCUGGGCGACUGCAUAACCUCCUGCGACAAGGUGGAGAAUUACCUGAUGAUGUCUGAGUACGAAAACAACCUGGGGAAGACCGCUGAGCUCCCGUACCUGGCGGAGCGGAAGGGGCGGAAACGACUCUUAUCCUUCCACCGCCAACCGUCCUCCCUCAUGGGGCUCAAGGACUCCCCCAAGAAGGAUAAGCCCCCGGAUAAGACCACGAAACCCCCUGAUAAACCCGGUGGUGCGGUCCUGGGGGUGUCUGUCCACGAGGGGGCGAAUGGUCAGGGGGCGGUAGGCAGGGGAGGGGCCGGGGCAGGGGGGGCGGCAGGGGUAGGGUCAGGGGUCAAACCGAGCAACCCGCGCAGUAUUACAGUGAUCGAGGAGGCGUCUGUGUGAGCGUGUACGUGUGUGUGUGUGUGUGUGUGUGUGUCAGUCAUGCCGUUCCAAUAUGUGUACGUGUGUGUGUUUGUGUGUGUCAUCUGAACGAAACCUCAUAUUAUAAAGGCAUUUACGUGUGUGUGUGUGUGUGUGUGUGUGUGUGUGAGAGAGAGAGAGAGAGAGAGAGAGAGAGAGAGAGAGAGAGAGAGAGAGAGAGAGAUCAAAGGCUAUUCAACACUUUAUCAUCCUGCUAAGUUUCAUGCUGCAUAAGUUUUAAUAUAUUUAAGAGAGAAGCUCGAAUUAUCCAAGCUCUUCCUCUUCCUCCUCCUCUUCCUCCUCCUCCUCUUCCUCUUCCUCCUCCCCUGUACCCUUCAGUAUCCUUUACCAUUUCCUCAUCUAUUUAACCUUUUCUUCUUCCCUCCUUUUUCCUCCUCCUCCUCCUCUUCCUCCUCCUCCUCCUCCUCCUCCUCCUCUUCCUCCUCCUCCUUCUCCUCUUCCUCUUCCUCUUCCUCUUCCUCCUCCCCUGUACCCUUCACUAUCCUUUACCAUUUCCUCAUCUAUUUAACCUUUUCUUCUUCCCUCCUUUUUCCUCCUCCUCCUCCUUUUCCUCCUCCCCUGUACCAUUCACUCUUCUUUACCAUUUUUUCUUAUCUAUUUAACCUUUUUUCCUUCCCUCCUUUUUCCUCCUCCUCCCUUCUUCCUCCUUUUUUCGGUUGAUACAAGGAACGAGAUAACAGCUGAACGACCUUUUAGCACGUUAUUCAAUUUCCACCUACGAGAACGUUCAGAAAACUCUACGAAAGCCUCACGUUCUCGCCGCGUUUCGCUCACGUUCGCGGGAAAACUUAAAGAAAACGUAAAGAAGGAAAAAAAAUAUUAAUCGGUAAGACUCAAGAAAAUGUAAGAGGUAAAAAAAUAUGAAACUGGGAGACUAAAAAAAAAUGUCAAGUAAUAUAUUAACAAAAAUAGUUUAUGGCGUCACUUAAAUACACUACUCAUGGAAUCGACAAGACUUAGAAAAUGUAAAAAGAGGUAAAAAAAAUAAAGAUAAAACUGGGAGACUAAAAAAAUAAAAAAAGCUGAAAUAUAUAUAAAAAGAAGAAAACAUAUGAACACUUAAAUCAUCUUCUAGUGUCUCGAGAUCCGAAGCGACUCGAGACAGGGUUCAGACAGGGUUCACUUGCUACCCGAAACUUAGAAGGGAAAGAGGAGUGGCCAGAAGUGAGAGAGAGAGAGAGAGAGAGAGAGAGAGAGACCAUCGCACUCACUAGAGAAAAAUGAAAAGAUGAAAGUACGGAUCAAACAAAAGAAAGAAAAAAAGAGAAAGAAAAAGGAAAAUGCAGAAAAAAGUAGAGUAUAACAAAGAAAUGAAAAGAGAGAAGGAAGAGGAAACAAAUCACAUGAAAACAGGAAAAUAGGGGAAAAGAUGAGAAAUGGGGAAUAGACUGAAGAAAGGAAGAAAGAGGGAUAAUUAGGAAUUAAAAAAAGGAAUGGGGAAAAAGUGAGAGAAAUGGAAGGAAUAGGAAACAAAUUACAUGAAAACAGGAAAACAGGGGAAAGAUGAAAAAUGGGGAAUAGACUGAAGGAAGGAAGGAGGAUAAUUAGGAAGUAAAAAAAGGAAUGGGGAAAAAGUGAGAGAAAUGGAAGGAAUAGGAAACAAAUUACAUGAAAACAGGAAAAUAGGGGAAAAGAUGAAAAAUGGGGAAUAGACUGAAGGAAGGAAGGAGGAUAAUUAGGAAGGAAAAAAAGGAAUGGGGAAAAAGUGAGAGAUGAAAGAAAUAGGAAACAAAUUACAUGGAAACAGGAAAAUAGGGGAAAGAUGAAAAAUGAGGAAUAGACUGAAGGAAGGAAGGAAUAGGGAAACUGAGGGAGGAAAAAAAGGAAUGGGGAAAAAAUGAGAGAUGGAAGGAAUAGGAUACAAAUUACAUGAAAACAGGAAAAUAGGAGAAAAGAUGAUAAUGGGGAAUAGACUUAAGGAAGGAAUAGAGAUAAUUAGGAAGGAAAAGGAGAAUAGGGAAAAAGUGAGAGGAGAGGAAAGGAGCAUUUUUUAACUGUCUCGAACCACGACCGAGCGAAGCAGUGAGGCAGUGGAGUCCAGUUUCUCCUUUGCCCAGUCUCUCAGUUUCCUCCCUCGGGCGAACACACGCACGCACACACCUCCUCGUCCUCGUCCUCCACCUCGUCCUCCUCCUCGUAUUGACAUCAAGUGCGUGUUUUGUUUCCUGGCUGGGUGGUUUUUCUUUUCGCCUCGCUCUUGAGUGGACCCCCCGUUCGAGCCCCCCUUUCCUCCUCCCUCUCCUUCCUUCCCCACUGUGUUCCUUGCCUCCCUUACCUCCUUUCCUCCUCCUCCUCCUCCUCUCCUUCCCCUGUUCCUCUUCUCCCGAGCACCUAUUCCUGUCACUCUCAUGUUUUUGUUUACUAUCUCCUCUUUCGCUAUUUUCCUAUUCCUUUUUCCUUCCUUUUUUCUCAUUUCCUUCUUCGUAUUCCUCAUUUUCUGUCUCCUUUUUUUCUUUUUUUUUUGUCUCCAUGUCUUGUUUCCUCCUCUCUCUCCCCUUUCCUCCUUUUUUCCUAUUCCUUUUUCCUUCCUCUUUUCUCUUCCCCUUCUUCGUUUUCCUCAUUUUCUGUCUCCUUUUCUCUCUUUUUCUGUCCCCAUGUCUUGUUUCUUCUCCUUCUCUCUCUCUCCUCUUUCCUCCCUCUCUCCUUCUUAUUCGUUUUUCCCCUUCUCUUUUCCAUUUUCCUUGUUCGUUUUCGUUCUAUUCCUCAUUUUCCCUCUUUUUUUUCCCCUUUCUCUCUCUCUCUCUCUCUCUCUCUCUCUCUCUCUCUCUCUCUCUCUCUCUCUCUCUCUCUCUCUCUCUCUCUCUCUCUCUCUCUCUCUCUCUCUCUCUCUCUCUCUCUCUCUCAUUUCUUCCACCUUUCUUCCACUUCCCAUUCUCUCUUCAUUCCACCUCUUCCUUAUCCAUCUUUCCCCAUUUCUCUUCUUCCUCUCUUUGUCCUCAACCUGUCCUCUGUCCAGUCCCUCCUCCUCCUCCUCCUCUUCUGCGUCCAGCCUGACCAGUAUACGUGAUGUUAGUGUACCAAAAUCGUGCGUGGAGGAGGAGGAGGAGGAGGAGGAAGAUUAAAGGAGGAAGAGCGUUGAAGGAAGGAUUAUGAAGACGGUGUUGGGAGGGGGAGGAGAUGGAGGAGAGGGAAUGCAACAAGGGGGAGGGGGGGGAAGAGGAAGGUUGUUGAAAGAGGGAUUAAGGAGGAAGGAAUUGGAGGAGGAGAAAGAGGAAGAAGAAAGGAGGAGGUAGAGGUUAGGAAGAAGAAGAAACAAGGAGAUAAAAUGUGAAGGAAGGAAGAGCAGGAGGAGGAGGAGGAGGAAGGAAGGAAAGGGAAGAGAAAGAGAAGGAAAAUAAGUAAGGAAAGGGAAGAGAAAGAGAAGGAAAAGAAGUAAGGAAAGGAAAGGUGAAGGAAGGAAGGAGAUAAUGAAGGAAAAAGAUUGCUAAAGAAGGGGUAUAGAAAACGAAGUACAAGAGGAGGAGAGGAAGAAGAAAGAGGAGGAGGAGAAGGAAAGAAAAAGGAAUGGAGGUUAACGAAAAGGAGGAACAAGAAGAGGAAAGAUAAGGAGGAGGUGAAGGGGAGGGAGUAUUGAGGUGAAUGGCGUAUAAAAGAUAGGAAGGAGAUUAGGGAAUGAGGAUCAGGUUAAAGAGGAUUAAGAGAAGUUAAGAUGAUGAGGAAGAAGCCAAGAGGAGGAAGAGGAAGAAGAGGAGAAAGUGAUGAAUAGGGAGCGGAGUUUUCUUUUAAUAUUUUCUCUUCCUCAUCCGAUUCUUUAUUACUUCCUUCAUUAUCAUUCCCUAUCUCCUUCCCUAUUUUCUUUUAUCCGCUCCUUCAUUCCUCCCUUCUCUAUCUAUAUCUUCUUCCCAGUGUCUAUCCUUAUAUCUUCUUCCCUGUUCACUUUUCUCUGCUUCUUAAUUCUUCCCUUCUUCAUCCUUCCCUAUCUCCUUCCCUAUUUUCUUUUAUCCGUUCCUUCAUUCCUCCCUUCUUUAUCUAUAUCUUCUUCCCAGUGUCUAUCCUUAUCUCUUCUUCCCUGUUCACUUUUCUCUGCUUCUUAAUUCUUCCCUUCUUCAUCCUUCCCUAUCUCCCUUAUUUUCAUUUAUCCGUUCCUUCAUUCCUCCCUUCUUUAUCUAUAUCUUCUUCCCAGUGUCUAUCUUUAUCUCUACUUCCCUAUUCUCUUUCCUCCAAUUAUUUAUUCCUCCCUUCCUCAUCCUUCCCUAUCUCCUUCCCUAUUUUCGUUUAUCCGUUCCUUCAUUCCUCCCUUAUCUAUCUCUAUCUUCUUCCCUGUAUCCCUUUCUCUGUUCCUUCCUUCCUUCUUUCUUUCUGCCAAUCAGUGUUAGGUCAGUCAGUCAGUCAGUCACGUAUAACCAGGCAGUCAAUGGGUCAGGAAGCCUCAUUGGGCUGUUCCGUAGUCCAACAUGAGUAAUUUUUACCAUCCAAACCAAACAAUAUUCAUAACGGUCUUUGGCUAUUCAAUUACCGAUACAAAAAAAGGUUUCCCGUAUAGAGUUAAGCUCGGGGCAUUCACUAUAGUUCCGUGUCUUCGGUGUAUGGUUUGUGUAGCUUUCCUUAAAUUUCCCACCUUCUAUAGCGACACUAAACACCACAGAAGGAAGUUUCGUAAUAUAUCGGUUUUGCGAGCUUAAAAACUUGCCGUGUCGGACAAUGGGAGUGGUUCGUUGUCUCAGUGCAGCUUCGAAUCCACAAGCGAGACAGUACGCCGAUUCACCAAGGAGGCGGAGGAGUGUUCAGGCUCAGGGUUCAUCCUUGGUCCAUCUGAAAGCCUCUGAUGGGGGGUUCGAUUCCCUUUAGAGAGAGCAGAGAGAAAAGUUUGAUCCCCCUAAUAAAAACAGGAGGAAGAAAGGAAGAGAGGGAGGAAAGAGUGAAGAGAGGUAUGGAGAGAGAUUAGGGAAGGAGGAGUUAGGAAAUUUAUACGAUUAGAGAAAGGGAAAGAGAACAGGAGAGGGAGGGAAAGUAGAUUGGGGUUCGAAGGGGGAGAAAGGAGAAAGGGAAGAAGAAAGAUGAGAAGCAGAGGAAAGGAAAGAAUGAUAAAAGGGGGAAAGGAACAGGAGAGAAAAGUAAAAGAUACGAAUAAAGGAAGGAAAGAGGAAGAAUAGGAGGUGAGGUGAGAACAAGAUUACGGAGGGAGGUAGGAGAGAGGAAGAAGAGGAAGAGGAACAGCUGGUUUAGUCAGACAGGAAAAAGAGAAAAAGUGUGUGUGUGUGUGUGUGUGUGUGUGUGUGUGUGUGUGUGUGUGUGUGUGUGUGUGUGUGUUUAGGCCCCUUACACGAUUUCUGUUGACUGACAAACACAAAGAAAAUAAACAUCCGCUCCGUGUAAUGCUUUGUCCAUAAAAGUUCUGGAAAGGGAACGAAAAAUAACUUCAUCCCAUUUUCCUUUUCGCUUCCCGUUUUCCUUUUUCACUCCCGUUUUCCAUGGGGGACAACUUUAUUCCGGAAGAGAUUUAAAUACCAAAUCAGAGCUUGUUCCUUUCCAUUCACCUUUUUUGAGACCCUUACGACUCCCCCCUACCUCCCCCCCCUCUCUCUCUCACACACACACACACACACACACACACACACACGCGGGACCUCAGCGCUACAAAACCUCACUUCCGGAACUUUUUUUUGUGAAGCUUCGAAACUCUUCACUUGAUCCUCCUCCAGAGUGUAGAAUUUUCACGUGUUUUUUUUUUUCCUUUAUAAAUUCUAAUGCAAGGUUUCGGCCUGCAUGUAGAAUGUUUUGUUUGUUUGUGUGUUUGUUUUUUUCUUUGUAAACUUUCGUGAAUAGACAAGCUUGUUUAUUUUUGAGUCCGUGUGUGUGUGUGUGUUUGUAUGUAUGUAUGUAUGUAUGUAUGUAUGAAGUGUAGUAUGUACGUUAUGUGUGUAUAUGUAGGUGUAUGUGUACGUUUGUGUGUGUGUAUGGAUGUAGUGUGUAAGUAUGUGUGUGUCCUUUAUGUAUGUAUCUGUGUGUGUGUGUGUGUGUGUGUGUGUGUGUGUGUGUGUGUGUUUCCGCUUCGCCUACCAUACAUCGAAUACAAAAAGAAAGAAAACCUGUCGGGGUAAACUUGACAAUAUUGAGGCUUUUUGACAAUACUCACGGAAUGGUCAACAGGACGAGGGUGUUGACAGACGCGCGGAGACUAUUAUUUACGUUUAUUUAUUGUUGACAUAUUCCCAUGCGACGGAGAUGAACACCGGGGCCAGGCGUAGCUGUAGCGUAUGCCCCCAACUCUACCAUUUACUUUUUAUUUUUUUCCUUCUCCCUCUUUUUCCUCCUCUUUCUUCCUUUUUCCUCUUAUUUCCUUUUUUUCCUCCUCUUCCUUUUUUCCUCUUAUUUCCUUUUUUUCCUCCUCUUUCUUCCUUUUUUCCUCUUAUUUCCUUCUUUUUCCUCCUCUUCCCAUGCCUCCAACUUUACCUUCUACCCUUUUUUUCCUUCUCCCUCUUUUUUCCUCUUCUUCCCUUCUUUUAUUUUCCUCUUCCCUUCUUUUUUUUCCUCUUCUUCCCAUGCCCCCAACUUUAUCUUUUACCUUAUUUUUGUCCUCUUUUUCCUCCUCUUUCUUCAUUUUUCCACUUCUUCCCUUCUUUUUUUCCUCCUUCCCAUCUCCCUUUUUUUCCUCCUCUUUCUUCCUUUUUCCUCUUCUUUUCUUUUUUUUCCUUCUCAUCCCUUCUCCCUCUUUUUCCCGCAAUUUCUUACUUCUUAUUUUUCCUCCUCUUCCUCCCGAUGAAAGAAUACGUAGAGUUAACAGGUGAAAGGUUAAUUAAGUUCAUUUGUUUAUUUAUUUAUUUAUUUUUGUUAUUGUGACGUAAACACUUAGCCACGAUGUCGAGCACUCCUGUCUGAUCUGGAUUUUCUCUUUUUUUUAUUUUUCUUCUUUAUUGGGGUAUUUCUCGUGGGCCAAAGAAGUGUUCGAGCCACGAUGUCGAGCACUCCUGUCAUAUUUCUUUGAUUUUCUUUUUCUUUUUCUUUCUUUUUUUCUUUUUUGGGGGUAUUUCUCGUGGGCCAAAGCAGUGUUCGCGACGCCCCGCCCUCGCGUCUGUCAGCCUGUCCUGCGUCGCCUCGUGUCCGCGAUAGGGUGUGGCACGCCGCCCCCCCUCGCCUUCAUAAUACUCAGACGUGUCGCUUGUGUGUGUGUGUGUGUGUGUGUGUGUGUGUGUGUGUGUGUGUGUGUGUGUGUGUGUGUUUUCUCCGCUGCCUCGCCCCCCACGGCCCGCUGCCCCAGGGUAUUCAGGGGGUUGGGGGGCGGGGGGGUCCUGACACACCCGAUAAACGAGACUCGAACCUCCGCCGUGUCGCUGUCGCAGAAUUUGUAUUAACACCAAAAUUCGCUAAAACGUUCAUCAAGAAGCUAAAAACUUUAUUCCUUUGUAGAUAUUUGAUGUAAACAAGCAACGAGUCCUUCAAUGGGCGGUGAAGAAAGUAGAAUUUGUUAUUUGUUAGUGUUGGAGUGACGCCAAAACUAAAAACUUGAUUCCUCUGCAGAUAUUUGAUGUAAACAAGCAGCGAGUCCUUCAAUGUGCGGUGAAGAAAGUAGAAUUUGUUAUUUGUUAGUGUUGGAGUGACGCCAAAACUAAAAAUCGAAAAAAAGUUUAGAAUUACUAGCGCAAGAUACGUCAAUUCACGCGUCACCUCGACCCUCAUCUUGCAGGCAACAGGAUGCAGCAACGUCGGGAUUUUAGUAACUAGCAGAUAGGGGUAAAAAGGGGAAGAAGUAGAGCAGUAGAUAGAGAUUAAAAGGGGAAGAGAUAGAUUUAAAGUAGCCGCGUCACUCAGGUCACGGCGAGGACAUCACAACGCAACACAAAUAAGAAAAAAGAACUGAAGGAUUCUCUGCGUCACUUUCGUCGUCGUCGUCCUGCGUCGGCGUCGCGUCCGUCGGGUGUGUCUGGCUGUGGGUUAUUAUUUAUUUCGCUGUGGCCGCCGCCUCGAGGUCACGCUGGAGAUGUAUAACGCAGAGCCGCGUAGUUGUCGCCUGUAAGUAACUUUAUGCCGUAGUCAGCCCAAUGUGUGAGUCAGGCGCGUGCGUGCGUGCGUGCGUGCGUCGCUGUCUGUCCGUCGUAGCGUUUCCUAUAGACUACACUUAAGGUUUUGCCAAGGAUGUACCGUUAGACGUUUUUGUAUUUUGUAUCAAAAUGACUUGCGGAGAUCAUGUGUUUGUUAUUUGAGAAGAAAAUGCUCUUCAAUCCGUUAUGAUUUAUAUUUCACCAGACAUAAUGUGCCAGUGUUAACUAAUUUGUAUGUUAAGAGAAUGUGGAGUAAAAUAAUUAACUUAAGUAUUCAGUAGAAUGUUUAAUAAAUCUUGUCUGUUGCAUGUCUUUGGUAAGUGAGUGUAUGAGACUUGUAAGGGUCCGACGUGUCCAGCUCGUGUCUUUGUAUCCCGCCGAGGCCGCGGCGGCGCAGCGCGGGGCCUUGGCGGCAGAGUCUGGGAUCAGUUUUAAUAUUUUGUGAAGAGCCAAACAUUUAAGCCUUUACA